GGAGAGGAAGUAUUGAUUGAUAUAUGGAAGAACCACAGAGACCCAGAAAUUCAGAAUGACUUGAAAGAUGUUGAACAGUUCAAGCCUUUCCGCUUUGUAAGUUCCGAAAAGCAAGCAACAAAGGUUGGCGAAGAUUUCCUUGUAUUUGGCAUGGGAAGACACGCAUGCCCUGGUCGUUGGUUUGCCAUGCAAGAAGUAGAGACCAUUAUAUCAAUGAUUAUUCGCGAAUACGACAUCAAGGCCACUACCCCGGUCACUUACCCCAAGUCCGAAAGAGGCAUGCCUGGCGGAAAGUUCCGUUUGGAAAAGAGAAAGCUUUGA